GGCGGGCAGGGCCGCUUCCGCCGGGUGACCCUGGCGAGUCCUUCUGGGCGGCGGGCGCGGCGCGAUGGGGCUGCGCGACAGCGUCGUUCACGCUGGGGAGCCCGAGGAGGAGGAGGAGGAGCUGGUGGAUCCUCUAACCACGAUCCGGGAGCGCUGUGAGCAGACGGAGAAGUGUGCCAAGGCGCGGGAGCGGCUGGAGCAGUGCGACGCGCGGGUGUCCUCCAGGUCCCAGACAGAAGAGCAGUGCACAGAGGAGCUCUUUGACUUCCUGCACGCCAGGGACCACUGUGUUGCUCACACACUGUUUAAGAAGCUGAAGUGAAGCCGGGUGUCAUUGUCCAUCUGCUUCCAUGUCGGCGGUUCCUGGAUCCACAGUACUGCUUCCUCCCCCUUCGUCCUCCACGUCAAGUGUGGACAGAAUGGAUUCCUGGCACCACCGAGCUUCAGCCCGUCACUGCGUCUGUCCUGGAAGACAAGCAGCCACCCCAGAAAACGUGUUGAUGUUCUGUAAUUUUCCAUAUUAAACAUUCAGAGUUCCCAUGGAAA